GCAACCCUAUGGAUAGGUCAACCAAUCCCACUCCCAUCAAUCAAAAUGCCAAAUAUCUGCCUGACUCGAUCUCGAAUGUUUUGAACAGCAUUCAUAAAUUGGAUCAAGGCACACUUGCCUGGCCCACGGGCCCAAGGAAGAGGACUUCGUGGACCAAGGCAAUUUCCCGAGUUCCUCUAACCGGCACCGCAUCUAGUCUGAUUUCAAAUUCUACGCCUUGGUCAAAGUAUUGUGAAAGGAUUGCCAAGAAAAAUACCUUCUAUCAGAUUCUGAAGGCCAGUCAGGAUCAAGCCGGCUUGGAAAAGUCCCUCAGACGCAAGAGAAUCGCCUGCAACUGUGAAAGCAAUCCUCAUGGUGACAGUAUCUACAAUGACAUAUAUGAUAUCGUAAGAACGUAUCUUGAAUUCAAAACGCAUGCUCAACCGAAAGCUGACCCAUGCCCAAGAGCCGACUCUCCGAAAGUACCUCCCCCGAAAGUGCCUCCUCCGGUGAAGGAAAUUUAUAGGGUGCGACCUAGGGUUGCGGAGACCCCAACUCUGCAGAAGUAUUCCAAUGGUGAAAAAUGGAAAUCAAAGUCUUCUGAAGCAAACAAACCCAUAGUAGAGGCCUAUAGACCUCGAGGGAAGCGCUAUGAGCCCAAAACUAUUUCCCUAAGUUCGUUUCACAAAACAGUUUCCAAGUCAAAACGUCAAAAGUCAGGCCAGGACCAAAAUAUAACCCAAGAGUUCUCGAAGGAGAGUGGCAAGGUUCAUCACGACUCUUCGACAGCUCAAAGUCACAGAAAACAAGUAAAAAAAGCUCAGAAACGUAAUACAGAGAUCCAGUCGAAAAAAGGUAAUGCCAAGGAAAGUUCCAAGCUUCAACUGAGGUCUGCUAAAACAGGUCCUCGUCUUAAAAAAGAUGCAAGGGCAGUUCAAGAAGUAAUCCUUGCCAACCCAAAAAAAACUAAAGACCCACAUCACCAGGACAAGCUUCAGAAUAAAACCCCUGCUAGGAAAAACGAAUCAAAGGAAAGACUAAUACUUACACAUAUAUCUCCCAAUGUCGAAAAUGCCCAGGAUAAUCAAAGAGAAAGCCUUCCGCUCCAAGAUCAAUCUUCUGCUAACAAAGAGGAAUCAAAGGAAAUAUUGAAAUCUCAAAAUGAAAAUCCCAUAGAUGAAAAUCACGAGGAUAAUAUUAGGGGAAGUGCCAAGCUUCAAAAUAAAUCAAAGGAAAAUUCAAAAUUUCAUUAUGAAACUCCCAAAGGUGCACACUCGCCGGAAAAUCACAGGAGAAGUAUCAGGCUUGACAAUAAAUAUACCGCUAACAAAGAGACGUCAAAAGGAAUAUUAAAACUUCAACAUAAAACUCCCAAAGUCCCAUAUUCCCAGGACAGUUCCAAGCUUCAAAAUAAAUCACUUUCUAAAUUUCAAUAUGAAUCUUCCAAGGCUGAAAAUAGCCAGGAUGAUCCCACAGGAAGAGUCAAGUUUCAAGAUAAACCUCAUACAAUCAAACCGGAAGGUUUAAAAUUUAAAAAAUCUUCUGCAGACCAGCAUCACGAAAGAAUUGUUCCUAAACCUGAAACCAAAACCUCUAAAACCCCUGUGGGUCACAUAAUUGCAAAUCAAAGCAAUAAUGAGACCAGAAGAAGCCGUCGAAUGGCAGUCUACUUACCCAACAAAUUUGAAAGAGAAUCGAUGGAUACUUUUAGUGAUAAAUUUGUCUCUAAGCUUUUGAAAGAAAUGAAUAGAAUCGGAACAAAAUCGAAAAGGGUCCUUGCGAAUAGAAACAGUGAAUCGGGUUCUUCUUAUGUUUCCGAUUUAUCUUCGGCAAUGAGUCAAAUAUUUUCUAAACCAAGAAAAAGCACUAUUCGAAAAGACAGUAAGACGUUUUUUAAUACACGACGAAGUUUGAGACCAAUAUUUACCAAUAAUAAAGCAAGUCGAAGAAGCUAUAUUCAACCGCUCAGCAUUAAGAGUGGAUCAUCGCACACAUCGGCACCCGCGUCCCCCUAUAUUCCAUCCAAUACUUCCAGUAUUGCACCCGAGCCAGUCAUGACAUCCAGACCUUCCGUAGACAGGAAACGCUUUUUGGAAAUGCGGGCCAGCAGGAAUAGCGUUUUUUCCAGUUACCAGGAGAAGCUGAAGAAGUUGAAAGAGUUUUUGAAUAAGCAUUACAUGGACGACGAUGCAGAAAUAGACUUCCUGGACCUUGAGGGUAUACUACAGAGCGACUUACUUUUCUAUCCGUAUAAUGAAAUAUACAACAAGUACAAAGUCAUUGAGGGUAAAGAUAAUAAUGUCGUUAAGCAAAAGAACAAGACAAAGCCAAAGCCAUUGAAAAUGGAGAAGAAAAGCUUAAAGUCUGUAAAGAAGAAGUCGGCUUGUUGCAUGUGCAAGGCGAUGCGGCGUCCACAGAAGGAGGCACCGUUCUUGGUGGAAAUGAGGAGAAAGCAAAAACGGCAGGAAUUGAUGGCCUAUCGUGCCCAAAUGGCAAUGUGCCAUGAGCCCAGUCAGAUGUCGAAUCAAACUCGGAAACUUGCAAUAUCCAAUUUGGACAAGAAACUAUAUUUUCUGGAAGAUAAAGACAUUGUUUUUAGCCGCCCCAAGAGGAGUAAUUCCUCUAUUUUCCCUUCGUCAAGUAAAACCACAACAUUUCUCAAGAGAUGUAGUUCUUUUACUUUUCCCAAGGAAAGUAGACAAAUUAUUUGUUCCUGAAGGCGGGUGUAAACGAAUUAUGAUUAUAUGCGUAUGGAGUUGACAAGGAAAUUAUAUGAAAAUAAAUAUUUCCUUGUCAAGUCCCUAAGUUUCUUAACUCAAGACCAAUAAACCAAGCUUGGAUUGGAAUAAGA